AUGGUUAAGACAGCGGCAACGGUUUCAUCUGAGGCUCAAGGGCGCAUUGCCUCCAUAAACAUGGCUAACCAUAUCGCUCAGUCUAACGGAUACCGAGCAAAGGUUUCUCAUUCAAAUCGGAGCCAUGCAACUGAGCGGCUGUGCCACAGGGUAGAACAAACAACAAAGAUCCCUUUCUGCCUUCCUUUUAUGAGCAAUGCAGUGCGAGCAAGCUUACGAAAGGCGGGUCUGCAAGACUCAGUCAGAGUAGUGGACAUACCACCUGUGAACCUGAAGCGGCAGCUAGUAGACAACCGCGCCUAUGACAGACUUUGUGAGACACCUAAUUGCAUCGUUUGUCCGAACGGGAGGCAGGGUGAUUGCGUGGUAUCAGAAGUUAUCUAUCUAAUCACCUGUCAGUUAUGUGCUUAUCGCAGACAGUGUCAUGACUACACCCCUUUCAAGAUAGCUGUCACGAUCUUAGCACGCGAAUCAGACGUUCUAGUGCGAAAAACAUUGGAGGCGUUUUAUAUCAUGGCCAAAAGUCCAAUCAUCAAUCGUAAAGAAGAAUGCAUCGCUGUGACCAACGAGCUGGCGCCAUAUCAAGACCUUUGCGGGGACUCGAUUGAGAAUGGAACAAGAAUGUCCCUAUUCGCGCUGCCAGUUUUCGCCCACACCAUCCAGCAGUCGUUGGCUCCAGAACAACGGGAGAGUCUGCUCGAUGUCGGAGCCGGGCCAACCGUCUACUCAGCACUUUGUUUUCGUGACGUCGUGAGACGUAUCUACCUCUCCGACUAUUUGUCAAAAAAUCUCGACGUACUGAAGUUAUGGCGCAACAACACUUCUACUUACGACUGGAAACCUACAAUUAAAGUGAUAAGGAGGACCGAAGGAGGACUCCCACUAUCCGAAUCGGAAAUGGAUGAGUUGGAAGAGAAAGCGAGAGCGGUGGUAAAAUGUGGAGGCAUCAUGUGCGCCAAUGUGCACGACGAUCCGGUUGUUCCCGAAUUGAAAGGAGAACAGGUAGAUGUUCUCGUUUCCAUUUUCACUCUCGAGAGCGCAUGUCAAACGUACACGCAGUACUGCCAAGCCGUUAAGAAUAUGAUGAAACACUUGAGGUCUGGAGGUCGCAUCGUGCUAGGUUCUGUGCUUGAGGACCAAUCCUACAACUCAGGAAAAGAUGUAAUUUUUCACCUGUUGCACCUCACCGAGGAUCAAAUUCUCAAUGCACUCGGAAGUGCAGGAAUCAACCAAGACACUGUAAAAAAAUAUGUGCUGAAAGAAGACGGUGUUAUUUUCCUGAUGGCCGUGAAAAAUUGA